AAAAAGAUAGGAACAACACAAUUUGAUUACACUGAGCAACACAAAACUGGCGAACCAACGUGACUCUAACGAAGAAACCGGCAAUGGCCAGUAUCACUACAAUGCCGAAGAAAUAACAAGAAUCAUAAACGAGCCAGAAUAUUAUCCCCCGGGUUACAACUUGUCUACCACCGCAAUUUCAAACAUGGUGUCUAUGCUGACUAAUGUUGUCUCUGGUGAGACCGAACCCUCGGCAUCUGCGACAUGGACGAUGGGUCAUAAGAGAGAAAGAGAAGAGUUUUCUUUGCCUCCUCAACCAUUGAUUACCGGUUCAGCUGUGACUAAAGAAUGUGAAAGCUCAAUGUCCUUGGAGAGGCCAAAAAAAUAUAGAGGAGUAAGGCAACGACCAUGGGGAAAAUGGGCGGCGGAGAUUCGAGACCCACACAAGGCGACACGUGUAUGGCUUGGGACAUUCGAGACAGCCGAGGCCGCCGCAAGAGCCUAUGAUGCGGCAGCACUUCGCUUUAGAGGAAGCAAAGCAAAGCUUAAUUUCCCCGAAAAUGUUGGAACUCAGACGAUUCAACGAAAUUCUCAUUUCUUGCAAAACUCUAUGCAACCUUCUCUGACAUACAUCGAUCAAUGUCCAACUCUAUUAUCUUACUCUCGAUGUAUGGAGCAACAACAACCAUUAGUAGGCAUGUUGCAGCCAACAGAAGAGGAAAAUCACUUUUUCGAAAAACCAUGGACCGAAUAUGAUCAAUACAAUUACUCCUCUUUUGGUUAACUAACAUAUUGUCAACGCUUUGUAUUUCUACUUAUUCGAUCUACCAAUUUUUUCUCUCCCAAUACAACUUCAGUCUGAUUAUUGCCUUCUUAGAUAUGUCUUCGAAUGUUAUGACUAUACAUGGGUGUAUAUAAAAUUUGUGAUCAAAGUCUUGUAAUUAGCGUGUGAUUCUACAUCUUUUUCAUUAGAAAAAUUGGGUUUUCAAAAUUACUAACUCACGUGAUCGCAACACAUGAGUAUAACAUAAGAUGUCGUCACUAACCAAAUAUAAUUUUGUUAAUA